AUGGGAAAUCAACAAACCGCGGCUAAUUUUAGUGAAAAAGAUGUACAAUUGCUAGUUAAACUUAGCAAUAGGACUGAAGCAGAAAUUCGACAAUGGUACAAAGAUUUUCAUAUCGAAAGUGAUGAAACAGAUCGAAUGAAUAAACGACAAUUUCAAUUAUUCUAUACAAAAUUACGACAAAAUCCGAAAUUGCAACAGAUCACCGAUCAUAUAUUUCGAGCGUUUGAUACUAAUCAUUCCGGUACAAUUGAUUUCAAAGAGUUCCUUCUUGGUUACAUUGCAACCACAACCGGAACAAAUCGUCAGAAAUUCGAAUAUGCAUUUGAUGUGUUUGAUAUCAACGAGAACGAUGUUAUUGAGAAGAAAGAAGCAGAGAAGAUUAUAACGAUCAUUUGUCGAAUUCUUGGCCUUUCCCAAGAAGAUGCGAAAACUUAUACCGAAACAAUUAUGCUCUCCUUCGAUGAAAAUCGUGACAAAGUUGUAUCAAAAGAAGAAUUUAUCGCCGGAUGUUUGCACGAUCCAACACUAGCCAAGAUUGCCACUCCAUUUGACCUUUAA